AUGUGUGUUAUUUUAGCAAACAGAUUCCCCACUCACCCACUCGCGCGAAAGAUCCUCGAUGCCUUGGGGCCCGAUCCGCUUUACAACACAAGCAGGGUCGGAUUCUCACCCAUAUUCCUGAUCAGGGCUAGCAUUGCGACACUCGGCGGUUUCAUCUGUUACAAAUGCCAUUACGAACUUGGACGCCUAUUCACAUACGAGGUUACGAUUCAGCAGAACCAUCAGCUCGUCACGACUGGACCGUACGCAUACGUGCGCCACCUGAGCUACACAAGUAUCAUUGUAUCUUACGUCGGGAUGGGUGUCUGCCUGGCUAGUCCUGGCUCGUGGCUGAAGGAAUGCAGGGUGCUGGAUACGUUCGCUGGAAAGAUCGCCGUGUGUCUGUAUGUGGUAUAUACCUUGUGGGGAACCGUAACAGUCGUGGCUCGUACUUCCUUAGAAGACAGGCUGAUGAAGGAACAGUUUGGAGGAGAAUGGAACAAGUGGGCACAGAAUGUUCCAUAA